CAGCAUUUGGUCUCUCAUGGAUAUUUCUAUGGAUGGGGACAACAAUCCUUGCUAUGUGUAGCGGGUGUUCUGGAUGGCGAUACGGUACGAGAUCAUGCCAUGGUUCAGCAACUCACGCGCAAAUCACAUUAUGCGUACUUUUGAAACUAGGAUGAGGAUGCAGAAAGUGUACUCAAGGCCGCACUUCUGGAUGAUGAAUGGAGCUCCAUGCACUAUCUAUCCGCCGAUUCGAUCGUCUUCGGACGCUGUUCUUUCUCUCGAGAGGCUGUGGAACGUCGCCUAAAUGCGAUCCCAGUCGUUCAUUUUCUUGUAGCUCAAUUGAAUCGACGUCAUUUGCUCUUCGUGCACUACGAGCGACCAAGAAGAGAAGCCAUGCAAUUCUAUUCCUUGGAUUACAAUGCAAUGGACAUCCUUCCGUCUCGCAUAUCCGGAGAUACAGCUCAACUUGACUCACUACAAAACCCGGCUUUCCUAACUUGCGAUUUUACCAGACCAGCUCUCCAGACUGGUCCUCAGUUAAACCAAGCAGUCAUUGAUCAGCUCAACGUUGCACAAUUAUUAGCGGAUGCCGUCGAUCGAGCCUCGAAGGGCCGCAUCAUUGUCUCACAUGUGUCUGCGUUUUCAGAGCCCGUCCAACCUCUCAUCGCUUCAAACAGGAACCCUGCUGCAUACACGAAUCAGAUGUUGGCGAUCCUAAGGAACUUAUCGACAACCGUCGAGCAGUUCGAUAUCCGCUUUGAGCAGGGGGCUUUCAUGCUGGCGCAGGCACCUGUCAUCUAUCGUGGCCACAAUUGGCGUACGACGGACUCGAUCUCUCGAUAUGUCAAGUUCUAUAACUGCCUGUGGCUCGUACUCAACGAUAUCAUUAUCGGUGUCGCAUUGGGCUCAUUCUUGUGUGAGAACGACCUGGCGCUUGCUCAAUGGCUACAACAUUACACUCAGUACUAUCUCGUUGAAUGUGCCCAACGGGCAUUAAUCUGGCUGAAUAGCUGGCCAGCGGGGCUUAAGCUCAAUACUGAAUUGAGCCAAUUCUAUUGCCAAACUCUACUCGGGAUUAUCUUCGUAUGGGGGAAAGUGCUGCAGGAGGCGGCGCCAUACUUCCCGUGGCUGUUCUGGAUGACGGGUGUCAUGGGCAGCUGUGGCAUGACGAUGAUCGUGUCUCUUUUGUCUGACACGCUCAGUCUUCUCACGUUGCACCUGAAUGUCUGCUACCUGCUGUCUGCCACCGCAUUCCGGCAUGAGCUGCAACUGGCUGGUUCCCUUUGGAAUCUCUUCCGCGGAAAGCGGUUCAACGUCCUUCGAAACCGGCUGGACUCGUGGGACUACGACCUUGACCAGUUACUCCUGGGAACGAUCCUCUUCACCCUUGUGGCUUUUCUUUACCCGACGGUUUUGACAUACUACGCGCUAUUUGCGACUGUACACUUCGUGAUUAUCAUGCUUCAUGCAUCGUUGGACACAAUAACAGCACUGCUCAAUCACUUUCCUCUAUUUGCCCUCAUGCUGCGCGUGAAGGAUCCGAUGCGCCUUCCAGGACGCAUCGCUUUUAGACCGUUAACUACACAACAAGGAUCCUUGGUCCUGGAGAGCCAACCAGCUCCUCUCUCGUUGAUCUUCAUGCAUUACGCCCAUCUCUGGUCGCGCCUAUCAUCGCAUUACCAUCCACUGAGGAUCUUGCGCCUGCUCACGUCUGGGCAGAGACUCACGCUAAUUCCUCGAUCUUCGAUACGAUUCAGUAUGAUACCUACAAAAGGUGGCGGGGAUGCAAGAGGUAAUGGAUGAUGCCGCACUGCAUAGAUGAGAUAUAAAUUGAUGAUGUAAUGUCCAUUGAGUGUACUUCCAGUGUCCGAAAUGAUGACCUUCGAGCAAGGUAGAGCA